UCCUACUUGUUUUCUUCUUGGUCGGUUCAAGUUCCAGAUUCUGUAAACCUGUCUUGCAGAGCACUCAAACUUUGUCCUUCAAUGGUGCUCAUCUACAUAUACACCUCAUCAAUUCCCUUAAACUCAGCAUAGUAAUCUCUCUAUAUUCUUGCUGUACAAAGAUAAGUCGCCAAGAUGAUGAUCAGAAUCAGAAGCAGAGAUGGAUUAGAACGAGUCAGAAUCGACAAUCCCCAGGCCACAAUUUCCCAACUCAAAUCCCAAAUCGAAUCCCAGCUUCGUGUUCCACUUCAAUCCCAAACCCUAUCUACAAAUCAAAACCUCUUACUCGCCAAAACCCCUGAUGAUUGGUCUCGUUUCACCGAUAUGGCUAACCCUAAUUCCCCGAUUUCAACCCUAAACCUCACCCACGGUUCCAUGGUUUAUCUCGCUUACGAAGGUGAACGAACCGUUCCCGGUCCAGCUGUCAACCCGGCCGGUUCAUUCGGUAAAAAGAUGACCAUGGAUGACCUAAUUGCCAAACAAAUGCGAGUUACAAGACAAGAAAACCCUCACUGUGAGCUCGUUUCAUUCGAUCGCGAUGCUGCGAACGCCUUUCAGCAUUAUGUUAAUGAGACAUUAGCCUUUGCUGUGAAACGGGCCGGGUUUAUGUAUGGUACGGUUUCACCCGAGGGGAAAGUCCAAGUGGAUUUUAUUUACGAGCCGCCACAGCAAGGGACUGAGGAAAGCUUGUUGCUUUUUCGCGAUCCUGAAGAGGAGAAAUAUGUGGAUGCAAUAGCUAUUGGAUUAGGGAUGAGGAAAGUUGGGUUUAUAUUUACACAGACAAUUAGUCAGGAUAAGAAGGAUUACACAAUGUCCACCGUGGAAGUUCUACAGGCGGCUGAGUUACACGCGGAGGGCGAUUUGAAGGAGUGGGUGACGGCUAUAGUUAAGCUUGAAGUGAAUGAGGAUGGCGCUGCGGAUGUACAUUUUGAGGCUUUUCAGAUGAGUGAUAUGUGUAUUAGAUUGUUUAAGGAAGGGUGGUUUGAGACAGAGGUUAAUAAGGAUGAGGUUGAUCCAAAGCUUUCUAAGAUGAAGAAAGACGUGGUGUUAGGAGUAAAGGACACCAAAGAAGUUGAUAACGACUUUUUCUUGGUUGUUGUCAAGAUUGCUGAUCACCAGGGUCCACUUUCUACAGCAUUUCCCAUUGAAAACAGGAAUGUUCCAGUGAGCAUGAAAGCAUUGAAGGAUCAUUUCAAUCGAACAAAGAGUCUUUCUUUUGUGAAGCGAAUCUCCGAUUUCCAUCUGCUACUGCUGGUGGCCAAGUUUCUGGAUAUUAAUGCAGAUGUUCCUGCUUUGGCGGGAUGCGUGCAUACACAGUCAGCUGUCCCAGAAGGUUACCAGCUCCUUAUAGAAUCCAUGGCUAGUGCCUCUUGAGCAGCAGUAUCGCAGUUUAAUUAGAAGAACAGUCAUCAGGUACUGCAACAACAAAGCAUCCAGUGGCAUUCUCUGAGUCCUUAUGCUUUCACUCUAGUGUGUGGUAGACAUGUUUGCAGUGCAGAAAUCCUAUUGUUAUAUUGACCACCAAUGUGUUUGGUUACUUUGGUUAAAUUAUAGUACUUGCUUUAAUACAGGUGGUUGGAGUAAAAUUCAUGGGUUAGGGUUGUUUACGUUGUGACUCUCUUCUCAUAGAGCAGUCUUCCUUGAGCAUCGAGCCCAUUAUGUUUAUUGCAUGUUUUAGUGUCUGCUGGUAUAAUUCCUCGGUUCUUUUAUUUCAUCUUUUUAUCAUAAAGGUUCUAAAACUCUGGUUGCGGAAACCAUUUAUAAUUCCAUUUAAGGUUAUUUAUAA